GUUUCUUCCGAAAUUUUUAGGAAAAACUUAUUAUUGAACAUUCAUUUACCAUUUUCAUGCAAUGGCUGGAAAAGUUCGUCACGACUACUAUGUCGGGAACAUCCCGAAAAAAGCCACCGAAGAGCAACUUCGAGCGCACCUUUCCAGACAUGGUGAUAUCACUGGCUUCGAGUUUCGCUUGGAGAAAUGCUCUUAUUGUCCCACCAAAGUUGCUUUCGUAUUGUUUGCGAAGGCACUUGAGGAAGAAUCUCUAGCUACGCUUAAUCGUAAAAUGUUCCAAGAAAAGCGAUUGCUUGUAGUAAGCACGGCGGCGGAGAAGUAUUUUACUCCACUGUUGACUAUUGUGGUGCGAUAUCUCAAUGAACAUGUCACUGAAGAAGAUAUUUACACAUAUUUCGAAAAGUUUGGACCACUGGAAUGCGUGCAAAAACCGUCCAAUACAUAUGCGUAUGUUUCGUUCGUAAGCAACGACUCGGUCAAGUAUGCAAUGAAGACACAGUAUCGUCCAUUAAAAGGAGUUGAAGCGUACGUGGUAGCGGUAAAGCGAAAAAUAAGCAUGUUCCUCGAGAAGCGGACACCUAUGGUGUACGCGAGCCUUGUGGAGAAAAGCGAUGGCCUAGAGCUAUUUUACGAUCCGGCAGCAGAGAAUGAAACAACAUUACUGGUUACGAAUAUUCCUCGAGACACCGAAGAAGACGAUCUGCUCGAUUUUUUGGGCAAAUACGGUAAAAUCAUUGACUGGGAAAUGCAGAAAUCGGCCACAUGUGUAAUGACUAACAUUGGCUAUGUAACGUACCAGCAGCCAAAGAUGGCACGCACUGCGUUUUUGAGCGCGCCGUUAUGUUUUCAAGGCGUCGGCUUGGAAGUGUACAAUCAUAAGCUACGCCACAACACUAAUGAUUCAAAACGUGCUAUAAUUCUCAAACGAACGAGUGUUUAUUUAACAGACGACGAGAUCUUUGAACAGUUCUCUGAAUACGGUGCUGUACAGUACAUACAGCGCCUGGAUACGGUAAAUUAUAAUACGAUUGUCCGCCUCGGCACUGCCAAAGCGGCCGAGGAGGCGGCCCAGUCCGUCACCUGCAUAGCGGGCGAGAACGUACACAUCCGGUCAUACACGUCACGGCAGUAUCAUUUGCCAAUGAUUGUGGGACCGGAGAAUACUGACGAUAAGCACCCGAAACGGAUGCGAAAGGAAACGCUACUGCAGCAAAUAAUUGAUACCGAAGACCGCCGGAAUCGUGUCCAACUGCAGACGGAUUUUAAUGACAAGUAUUUUAAUCCAAACCCUCACUUCUACCGCAACGAAGUGCAGGUGUGGAACUAUCCGUCCACAUUUGGGCUUACCCAGUUUAGGGAAUUUUUCAAAAAAUACGGCACGGUAAUCAAUAUAAGAGAACUGAAGCCGAACCCCACGGCACCCAUCAGCUUCGCCUGUAUCAGCUUCGACACGAAGCUCGAGGCGAAGCGAGUGGUUAAAAUGAAUCAAAGAUUCAUGGGAUCUAAGCGGCUGCUCCUCCUAAUGGCGGAUAGAAAGAUUUUCCACGAUCCGGCUCUGUGCGUAAGAGUUGGUAAUCUUACCGAGGAAAUCAUGGACGAAGAUAUUUACGAUAGAUUUAAUAUGAUUGGAACCGUGAAGUACGUUUAUCGGCCUAAAGUCCAAGAAGCUAUUGUAUGUAUGGUUGACGAGCCAUGUUUAAUUAAGGCACAUAAAGUACUGUGUGUAGGGAGAUUUCCGGUUGACAUAGCCCCGCUUGUUACUGUAGUCGUUGCUGGUACCGCACAGACCGGGUUUAACAACGCCGGCAAUUUGAUGGCCAUGGCUAAUCCUGCGUACAGUAUGGGAAACGUGAUGGGCCCAUUGCCACUGAGACCGGUGGGACCGGGAAUUGGAAUGCCUCAAGUACCCUUACCAGUACCGGCACCUGUGCCUCUUCCGGAACGCUCACCGGUGAUCAUGCAAGUUGGGGGGCCCUCGUUCAUGGGUGGGCUCGUACCGAUGCAACACGGUGGGCCUCAAAUAUCGCCUCGCAUGAGAGGUCUGAUGCAAGCAGUAGAACAAACGAUGAUCAAGUCGAAAAACUUUACCACGUUGCCAAUGCUGGACCAGUUCAACGUUGUGCAGGAUAUCGUUAAUCAUUGCUUGAAUUUUCCCUUCUUUUUGGCACUGCAAGCUGACGAAAAGAUUCGGUAUCUGAUCGCCGGACGGAACGGGUUCAAAUACACGAAUAUUUUCACGCUCUUCACGUACCCGGAACAAGUGAAAAUGUUAUCCGUCAUUGAGACGUACUAUCGCAGCACAAUGGGUCAGGAUGGUAUAGCUCCGGCGUACACUGAGGAUACCUGGGGGUCGACAAUCUCGCAAGCAAAUACUAUAGUGAUACUAACCCAGGAUGUGGAAACCCCACACGGUACCAGUUCGGAUGCGAAUAAUAGUACCGUCUUAGUAGCAAACAACGAUGACGGGGACAGAGAAGAAGGAAUAGAUAUACCACCAGCACCGUCCCCACCUCCAAUGUUUAUCAAUUCGCGCUCCGCCUCGCCAGGAUCGGAUGAUGCUGCUGCAGUUAAAUCCCGCUCGAUGGUGCUCAACGGUGCCGCCCAAAGGCUACGGGAAAAUGCGUUGAGAAAACGGCAAAUGGACAACGAACCAGCCGAUGAAGUAACAAAUGAUCAGUCGAAGUCGCAACCAAGCGGCAAAAGAAGGAGGAAACGUAGUAAGAUAGACGAUAGUUAUGUUUUAGAUGAUAACAGGAUUUACGUUAGUAAUGUACCGCAGGAACUUAAUGAUCGAAGCAUAAGGGAACUUUUCAGCAAAUACGGAAACAUUGUGCUGGUGAGUGAGCAGAAGAGACAAAUUCUAAACCCCAAUUCAAAUCAAAACACGAAAGGGUUUGUUAUUCAGUACGAAACUAACUACCAAGCGAUUAGGGCAUUGGAUAUGCAUCUCACGAUCUUGCUGGGCCAGCUGAUACGGGUGGACCAAUUCAAGAAACAGUACAAGGAACGUUCAGACCAUGCCAUCAGUGUAACCUGUGCCGACAAAUAUUCCGAAGUUGCCAUCUAUGACACGUUUAAAUCGUGUGGAGAUGUACGCUUCAUCUGGACACGAGUUAUAAAUGGACAGGAAACAUGUGUCAUCGACUACAAAGACAGGGUGGCAGUACAAGCAGCCCUCAAAAUAACCUACCUGCACAGUGGAGGACGCUGCAAGGCCGUGGCAAUGUAAGCGGACAACAACAAAGCAUGCUAAUGAUGGGGGUCCGCGACAGCCGAGCGGUAGCGCCGGUUAGAAAAUCGUCCCAUGAGCGCCGGGGCUCACCACCUCGACGGCAUGGGUUCGAAUCCCAACCGAGACCGGACCCUCCCCUCCCCUGUACGAGAGGACUGACUAUCCACGUACAACAGGGAAACAAGUCUCGUAAGCCCUUAAACGGGCAGGCAUGACCAAGAGGUCGUUACGCCAAGAAGAAGAAGCAGUCCGUUUGCAGAAUCCUUUCCGAGUGGCAGUGAAUACCCUAACGUUAAUCUAGUGAUUAAGUUUAGUGCUACCAUCUGUCAACUGCAGUUAAAAUAUAUUUUAAGUAGAACAGUAAGUAUGAGGAAAACUGUCCUCAGAAUUAAUAGUAAAAACAACAGUCGAGAAGAAUCGUUUAUUCAACGAUCGUUUAAACUGCCGUCUAGCGCUUUCAAUGAAUUGGAUUCGUUUGUCAUUCGUUUGCGUAUAUUUAAACGAAACUUAAACGAUUCUGAAAACCUAAUGACGAAUUGAAGGCUCUGAAUCAGAGAGCUGUUGAAAUAGUGAAAGUUGAAACACAAUUAGUUUGUCUGAAGCAAUUUGCUUCACUCAUCCAAGAUGAAAAUUACAUAAUAGUAGAUUAAUAGUAGGUUAAUACUUCACGAGCAUUUUAAGUUAAGAAAGUGACAAAAUUCAUUACUAGGCAUGAUAUGGCAUGGCGACUAUCAUGUGGUAGCUUU